CGGCCGAGCCGCCCGGGCGGCCGAGCCGCGGCUGGCGCCGGCAUGGGAACGCUAGGCAAAAGGAGAGAGAACCCGCAACCUGCCCAAGCAUGCAGCACCACCCCUGAAACAGCACUUGAGCUGAAGCAGAUCAGUCAUUGUCCCAGCCUCUCAAAUCUCACCCAGGUCACGAUGGUGCCGCUGGGGCACUUAGCCAAAGGGGCCACUUUGGAAGAUCUUCUUGAAACCUGCAUUCAGUCUUUUGAUUUAGAAGGAAAUGCAUAUCAAAACAACCAGCUGCUAAAGAUAAUUCUGGCCAUGCAUCAGUUCAUCAUCUCCUCUGCAGACAUGCUCCAGAAACUCAUUGAUCUGUAUCUUAAUGCUUUAGAAAAUAAAUCUUCCAUGCUGGCUGUAAAGAUAUGCUAUUUUGUGAGGUAUUGGAUUACGGAGUUCUGGGUUAUGUUCAAAAUGGACUCUAAACUAUCUGCAACUAUGGAGGAAUUUCAAGAACUGGUUAAAGCUAAUGGUGAGGAGUUACACUGUCGCCUGAUUGACACAACUCAAAUAAAUUCUCGGGAUUGGUCUAGGAAGCUGACACAGCGUGCAAAGGCCAACACCAGUAAGAAACGGAAAGUCUCACUUCUUUUUGAUCACCUUGAGCCAGAGGAGCUGUCAGACCACCUUACCUAUCUUGAAUUUAAGUCUUUUAGAAGAAUAUCAUUCUUGGAUUAUCAGAACUACAUUGUGAAUAGUUGUGUGAAGGAGAAUCCAACAAUGGAAAGAUCAAUUGCUCUUUGCAAUGGUAUCUCUCAGUGGGUGCAGCUAAUGGUUCUUAGCAGACCAACACCACAGCUUCGGGCCGAAGUGUUCAUCAAGUUCAUUCAUGUUGCACAGAAGCUCCACCAGCUGCAGAAUUUUAAUACAUUAAUGGCAGUGAUAGGAGGUCUCUGUCACAGUUCCAUUUCCAGACUCAAGGAAACAAGCUCAUGUGUUCCUCAUGAUGUCACUAAGGUGUUUAAUGAAAUGACGGAACUCCUUUCAUCCUACCGAAAUUAUGAUAGUUACCGACGUGCCUAUAACGAGUGCAGUAACUUUAAGAUACCAAUCCUUGGGGUCCACCUGAAAGACUUGAUAUCGCUUUAUGAGGGCAUGCCAGACUACUUAGAAGACAAAAAAAUUAACGUAUACAAACUAUACUCUCUGUAUAACCACAUAAAUGAGCUGAUACUGCUCCAGGAAAUGCCACUUCCCCUGGAGGCUAAUAUGGACCUCGUUCAUUUGCUUACACUGUCCCUUGAUCUUUACUACACAGAAGAUGAAAUUUAUGAGCUGUCAUAUGCACGAGAGCCACGAAGUCACCGAGCUGCUCCUCUGACGCCUUCCAGACCGCCGGUAGUUGCAGACUGGGCCUCAGGAGUAGCCCCGAAACCUGAUCCAAAAACCAUCAGCAAACACGUUCAGAGGAUGGUAGAUUCUGUCUUCAAGAAUUAUGAUCAUGAUCAGGAUGGAUACAUUUCCCAGGAAGAAUUUGAAAAGAUAGCUGCCAGCUUUCCAUUCUCAUUUUGUGUAAUGGCCAAGGACUGGGAAGGUCUGAUUAGCAGGGAUGAAAUAACAGCUUACUUUAUGAGGGCUAGCUCAAUUUAUUCCAAGUUAGGACUUGGCUUUGCUCACAACUUCCAAGAGACCACUUACUUGAGACCUACUUUCUGCGACAACUGUGCUGGAUUUCUAUGGGGAGUCAUUAAACAAGGAUACAGAUGUAAAGACUGCGGAAUGAACUGUCACAAGCAAUGCAAAGACCUGGUUGUGAUAGAGUGCAAGAGAAGACCCAAAACGUCAGUUGCAGACAGCAGCCCAACAUCUGCUCUUGCUUCAAGCCUCUGCCCAGUAGGAGUCAAAGAGCAAUUCCAUGGACAAGAAGAAGGACCGUUCACAUUUCCUAAUGGAGAAGUAGUGGAACACAAUGAAGACAGCAAGGACCGAACCAUUAUGCUCAUGGGUUCCUCAGCUCAGAAAAUCUCAGUGAGACUGAAACCAGCUGUGGUUCAUAAAGGUACACAGACUGAUCCCGUACUGCUGGCUGGUGAUGCAUCUCGUAGGCAGACAGAGCCAAAAGAACACAGGAUGCCAGAAAAUCCUUAUCUCCAGGCAGCUCCACCAUCCCCAUGUCCAAGCCCAAUUCUAGGCCGCAAAAAGGGAUAUGUUAAAUGGGAAAACAAGGACUCCAGCCAGAAAAUUAAGGAGGAGCAUCACAGCUGUAAACCGUCAUACCAGGAACUUGAGCAGGAAAGAAAUAUUCUAAAAGCAGAUAAUGAAGGUUUAAAGAUCCAACUGGAACAGGCACAUAAAACAAUUGAAACUCUCACAAUCCAGAGAAAAAACCACGUAGCUGACAACCUACAACACAGAGACUGCUCCUAGCAGAAAAGAGAGGGAAUCUCCUGUGGAAGUACACAAGACUGAAGGAGGGGCUGGGACAAAGCUGCUUUACCAAGUGAACCGGAGAGAGAGCCUGAAGGAUGUUACUCUCUACUCAUUUGUGUAUUAAACACACAUACAUCCCAAAUGUAUAAAUCCGUACCUUUGACUUAAGGUAACUUAGCAUUAUCUGUGCAAUGAAAACGGUAUCUAUCUUCUGGGUUUGCUUUUAAAAGGCAGGACGUUGUUGCUGGGGUUUCCGUUCAUGACGGAGACCGUGUGGAUUCCCCAGUGACUUGGCUGCCAGCAGCACUUUACCGAGUGUUCUGACAAAGUAGCUAGUCUUAAGACUCUGUCACCUCAGAUUUGGCCCAAAUUCAGGUUUCUAGGAAAAAAAAAAAUGUUUGAUAAACUUGCGUAUUUAAGUAAAACUGUAGAAACAGUCCAGAAGAGAAACCGUUCCUUCUCAUUGUGGCUGAAACCAAUUAAAAGUGGACUGUCAUCUUUAUUCCCAACGUUUAAUGACUUAUUUGAAUAUUCUUGUUAAGCUAAUGAUAUUUGAUUAUUUGGCGUUGUCAAUUUAUUUUAACAACUUUUUAAACCUCUGUCAGAGCUUUAGAAGUAAGCCCUGCUGCUCAAAUGCUUACCUUUGUUAAGGUAAAAUAGAUGAGAGUAGAGCACUUGUGCUGAAUACUGCUUCCAGUUUCGUGUUCCACGCCACAGCUUGGCACACGUAGCCCUACUUAUUUGGCUUACGGGCUAACUUGUCCACGUACGGUAGAUAUGGGAUAAGGUGGAUUAGUUGAUGUCAAAGCGGCCACCGCUGUUGAGUAGGACCUCGAGGGCCAUAGUAUGAGGGAAACUGUACAGUAAUGCCAGGGCAACAGUUACUGUGUUCCAGAGCUCCUCGUAGCUUCUGGUUUCUCCAUUUCCUCGCUCCUAGAUGUCACAUGCACUUUAGGUAGAGAGUCAAGAUGAGCAUGCUCUUACGUGUGUAAGUUUUGUGUAGUAAAAGGUGCUAGGGCGGUAACUUCGUUCUCUUAAAGCUACCACGUGUACAUAUUGUUAAGAGGCAACAAACCAGUCUUUCAAGUACUGAUAAAUCUGGCUACUCUGACAAGUAAUUUUAAAAUUGCAUUCGCAUCCCAAGAGAAUCCGUACACUGACAGCUGUAUAAAACUCGCUUGCAUUUAUCAAACAGGGAUUUGUCAUCACACAUGUAAACAUCAGAAACUGAUUUUGUUAUAUUUGACAAAGUCCACUUAAUGCUCCUCAAAAACCUGUAACUUACAGAUCCAUUAUAGAUUGAAAUUUAGUCAACCUAUUACAACAGCAUGUGUGCUUUGUGUUCAGAGUGGUAUAAAUGUACAUUCCAGCCACAAUUUACAGUCAUUAUCAAGUGUAUGAAUGUUUUAUUUAUAAAAAAAAGACCAUCUGAAACUACUUGCCAGUUUAGUGAUUCUAAAUUCUUGUUUUGAACUUGGAUUGUGCUUGCAUCAACAUGUGUAAGUAAAAACAAAUGGAGGGAAAUUAUAGUAGUAGUAGUAGUAGAAGAAUUUAUAUUACCUUACUGUAAAUAACUGAAACGCAUCGGACAAAAACCAGCGGCUGUGAAGGUUCUGCAACUUUUUUUCCUCAUACACUAAACCUGAAUUAUUAACAAUUAACACAGAAUUGCACUUUGAUCGAUGAAGCAAUCAGAAUGGCUUUCAGGUCAUGGCUGCAAACUUGCUUUGCCCAUUGUCUGUAAGCUUCUUUUGUCCUCUCUUCAGGGAACUACAGCAAGGCAUAUUUCUAGCAGGCAUUUAGCAAAAAAAAAAAAUCUGUUUCUGUAACCAUUAAAACAAACCAGAUAAAGUUUAAUAUAUUUUGCAUGUAUUUUGAAAAUACCCCAGAAGAGCAGCUAAGGCUCAAAUCUUGUGCAGCUAAGGUAACUGCUCACUGUGGUCUAAACUCUGGAUUCUAACAGAAUUUGUGUGCAUGCAUAUACUUUCUCUAUGCUGGGGGUGGGGUUAGAGAUCAUGAACAAACUCUUAUUUAAAAAGAAAAUUCCCUAAUAGCAGCAGCUGGCUACUGUAUUACUAGGUUGAGUAUUUAAUACUCAAAACUGAGUUAUGACCAUAGAUUUGUACAGUCUUAAAUGCUAACUUUGUGCUUCCGUGUUGUCAUCUUGUUCCUACAAACACUCUGAAUGACUUAAACGGGAUCUGUUUGCAGGAACAUUUUACAGACAAGUAUGUGGUGCUUCAUGUAUGCUGAAAAUUUCCCGCUUCAAAGAAGUCAGCUGAUACCUGGAGAAUUUCAGAGCUCCCAAAGUACCUUCACGUUCUCUGUUUGCCCAGAGCCCCCUACAGUUCUCUCUCUCCCCCCCCCACCACCCCACCUACCCCCCAUGGUGGUAGUCCCCUCCGAUUUCUUUUGGGACUUCCUUUUUGCUGCACAAAAGACUAAUAGCAGAAACUGACUACAGGGAUACUGCUAAAACUGACAAAGCUACUGAACAAAAAUCACUCACAUCUGUAUUAAUCUUCAAGCUGCUUUAUGCUGGGGAAAAAGAUAAAGUACUCAGUGCUGUUUAAAAGUCACAUUAGCACUGUUGAUAUUGAAAUUUAUCUUGUCAUGGCUAAUUUAAAUGAAAAGCACUCACCUUUAUUCCUUCUCCAGGCUCAGCUAUGUUUCAUGUACAUACAGGAAAGAAGAAAAAAACAAGUGCCCUCCCCCCCGGUACUGUUUAGUUUUUAAGUGUGAAUUCUGAUCAUUUUAAAAUAAAAGUUAAUAGAUAAAUAUCACAAUUUGAAUAAAAUCGCAAAAAGGGCAGGGCUACUGUUCAUAUUCAGAUUAAACACAACUGCCUUCGAAGUUGCUUACAUAUGUCUUUGGACAUGUUUUUGUUAACUGUAGCAAUCUGUUAUUUUGUUGUAACUGAGCUCUGCGGCAACUUGAAAAAAUUUCAGUUUAAUGCUGUUCGACAAGAUUGAAAAAGUGUACAGACUGUAAAGAUUUUAUAUGAAUUGUAAGAUUUUUGUUGAAUAUUUAUAAUAAAAUAUUAAAAUUGCACUUCA